GGGACUCAAGAAAGGUGGAAAACAAUGGACCACAGAUUGUUUGAUGCAGCUCGUACGGGAGACAUAACAACACUCAAGUUGCUCCUUCAAGAAGAUCCUCUGCUUCUCGAGCGUCUCUCUCUUUCAUCUCCAGAGAAUCCUCUCCAUGUCUCUGCCUUCGCCGGCCAAGCCACGUUCACGGCGGAAAUCUUGCGUCACAACCAAGGUUUAGCUCUGGAGCCGAACCUACAAGGGUUUAGCCCUCUUCACAUUGCUUCAGCCUCAGGGAACAUAGAUGUUGUGAGAGUGCUCCUAAGUGUUGACUGGAAACGUGAUGUCUGCUUCUUGAAGGACAAGGACGGUUUGAUUCCUCUUCACUCCGCAGCGCAGAGAGGAAGAAUCGAGGUCAUACAAGAGUUGGUUUCGUCUUUCCCUGAAUCCCUCAAGGAAGUAACCGCUUUUCAUGAGACCCCUCUUCAUGUCGCUGUUAAGAACAAUCAAGUGGAAGCUACAAAGUUGUUGCUGGAAGAGAUCAAGAAUAGUAACAUAUCUUUGGGGAUCGUUAACCAGGAAAAUCGAGAAGGCAAUACAGUCUUGCAUCUUGCAACACUUGGGAAACAGCUUCAGAUUGUAGAGAUGUUGAUAGGUGAGGAAGCAAUAAUCCGCGGAUCGGUAGAUGUAAAUAAACAAAACAGAAGCUGGUUAACACCAAAGGAUAUUCUCGACGUGGUUAUUGAGACCGAAGGAGGAAGUGUUUCUGAAAUGUACAGAAUUGUUCAAAUCUUUCAGACAGCUGAAGCAAGGAACGCAAAGGAGAAACGUAAAGACCUUAAACCAAUUGAACGUAGUAGAAAUCCUUUUCGUAUGAUAAAGAAGUAUCUGGACUACGAGAUUAAUAACUCGACACUUGAAAAGCGAGAAACUCUAUUGGUUGUUGCAACACUCAUAGCAACACUUACAUUCACUGGAGUCCUUCAGCCUCCAGGAGCUUUCAGAGGUGAAGACUCUACUGGUGGUUCUGGCUCACAGAACAACACCACCAACAGCAACACGACCCCAAGCAUAAACAACAUUUUCGGUUCCAGGAACAGCACUGAAGGACAAGCAAUCAUGGCAGCCAGUACUGUUGACUUCACUCUCUACGCUGCCUUUAACGCGGUUGGCUUCUUCACUUCGGUUACAAUGAUCUCGCUGCUCACUAAAGGGUUCCCUCUGAGAAAUUGGAUAAGGCUUUGCAUUAUCUCAAUUGUGGCUAUUUAUCUGCUUGCUAUCGUCUAUAUAGCACCAAAUGAGAAGAUUUUUUGGCUGGUGGUUCUAGGUGUGUCGUCCAUCUUGGUUCUUCGUGAGAUUUUUCUCUUCGUCAAAUCAUUGCUUAAUGCUUUUGGGACUGCAAGGCGUCUCUAACUUUCUUCUCAAUUUAAUUCAAUAUCUUUGUUGUUGUUUCUUUA